CUGUGCAUAUGCGGGUCAUCUCAAAUGCCGCUUGAAAAUUGCAUAACUCGCGCAACGCGCGUAUUCCCUUUGAGCGAGGCUGCAUUUCGAAGCUCCUCCGCUGCUCCCUUCAGCCGUCACGCCCUCUCUCGCCGGGUUCUCGCUCGCCGCAGGGCGAGCUCUCGGUCGGCCGAGCGAACACACGUACGCGCGCGCGAAACGAACGCCUCGGCGUGCGUGUUUCGCGACCCUCAAUUGUCAAUUCCGAUUUUUCUCGGUCUUUGCUGUUUCGGCUUCGGCUUUUCGGCCGGCAAGAACGCGGCCGCGAUGCGGCUUAAACGCACCCGGUGCAUCGCAGCUCGCGGUGCGACCGAGUGGCUGGCGCGCAGGCGUGACGACGAAAGUCGAUAGAUGUCGAUAAGGCGCGCGCACACGUAGCGUGCCGCUCGCUCGCUCGCUCGCGCGCUACAUAACCUAAAAAUUCGUUGCGCUGAGCGCGUGAACGUCGAUCGCGACCGUCGUCGUCGUCGUCGUCGUCGUCGACGUCGUUUGCGCGACGCGACGUGACGUUACAUGACGUGGCGUGACGUGUGAAGUAUACACGUGCCGAGGACGAGGUGUCGUCGACGGAGGCGUUGCGAAGGUGGUGGUCUCGUCGCGUCCUCCGCCUUGACGAGUUUACGAGGCGAUCCGGUGAAAGACGAGGUAUAUGGACUGCCGGGAAAGAUUGCUGGUCCGUAUGAAAGAUGGGUCAUGGGUCAAGCCGUUCAGCCUCAUCAGCGAACAUCCUCUCUGCGGAGGAGCUGACACUGGUGGAGAACCUGUUUAAAUCCAUGUCCCGCAGCUCGGGUUCCAUCAAACGUGAGGACAUAUUCAAGCACUGGUCGACGCAUCUGGAUGAUGUGCUGCUGCAGUUUGUGGUACGUUUCCUCUGCCACGAGCCAGGCAAGAGGGUCUCCGCUGUCAACGGCGAGAAUUUUGGCCGGCUUUACGUGUUUGCUGUGCGAGGUAGCCCCGAGGAACGCACGAAUCUGAUCUUUGACGGUUUCUCGGAGGAGGAACAGAAGUAUGAGAUGCCCACCGAUACGUUCCUCAAAUAUAUUCAAGCAACGAUCAACUCCUAUCUACGACUGCAGAAGAACUCCGCUAAUACGCACUACCUCACCUGGAGCAACAUUGGCUGCACCGUCAACACCAGGCGUAUCGGGAUGCGUUCCCGGAGUCUCUGCGAGGAUCUCAUCAAGUACGGAGACGUGUUGACCGUCGACCAGGUGGAGAACUGGUUCGUGACGACGGCUACGUUCAAGAGCAUCCAGUCGCACGUUUUCCAAUACCUCUAUCUAGUCUCUCAGAAGAAGGGUGACAAGAAUAUGAGCGCACGAAUAAACGAUCUUAAUCUUCUGCCGAUUUGCGGAGGUCUGGAGAACACACCGCACUUUCCCAGCAUAUUGGGACUGGGGGACGUGCUGUUCUUAAAUCUGAGCCUGCCGCACGAGCUUCGCAAUGAAUGGCGAUUCCUGUUCUCUAGUCAGGUGCACGGCGAGUCUUUCUCCACUAUGUUGGGCAGGAUCGUGAUGGAAGGUGCUACGAUAAUCAUACUCCAGGACAUGGACAACCACGUGUUCGGCGGCUUCGCCUCUGACAGCUGGAAGCUGGGGCCGAAUUUCAUCGGGAAUCAAACUUCGUUUCUGUUCAAGCUCGAGCCGGAGAUAUUGACGUUCUCGGCGACGAAUUACAACAGCCACUAUCAGUAUCUAAAUCUCCAUCAACAAACGAUGCCUAACGGUUUGCUCAUGGGGGGGCAGCUUAAUUAUCCUGGCCUUUGGUUGGACUGCGAAUACGGCACCGGCAAGUCGAGCGUAUCGUGCACGACCUUUCAGAAUUACGUGCCACUUAGCGGUAAGGAGGACUUCAAAAUCAAACACUGCGAGGUAUGGGGAGUCGGCCCGAAGCCGUUGGACGCGCAGGAGGACGCGCGCGAGAUGAAAUCUGUGCUGAAUCAGGAUCCGACAUCGAAGAUGAUGCUGGAACUGUCCGGUCGUAAGCUGCACAGUGAAGGUCUUCGCGAGGAAGACCAGUAAUGGUGAUGUGCAAUUUAGAGAUUUUUUUCGGAAGUUGCAGGAGAAACUAGUA